AUGUCAUUAUUCAUGGGAAUUGGUUUGGAGGAGACUGUCGCAAAAAAUGCGACACGAAAUGCCAAGUUUUCAAAGACCCUUGAGGAGGUGAUCCAUGAAGCGGGCGCAGCAUCAGGCUGUCCAAAGGCGAAAGGCAAUCUGCUUUACACAGUUGCCAGCAAGUUCCCCGCAAAUGCGCUCUGUCACCGACCCAUGCUUCUGGGCUACAUCAUGUGUGAGCACAUGAAGUCUAAUGCCCAGCUGGAUGGUGCCUUUGAGUACCUGCGAAAGGUGGGAACUACGGAGGUUGACAAGAAGGCGCUGGAGGAGGCCAGCGGGGUGGGCGUCGUGGUGACGCCGGAGGAGAUUAAGGCAGCUGUGGCUGAGGAGGUGGAGGCGAACAAAGAGAAGCUGCUUGCCGAGCGGUACCGGGUGAACAUGAACAUGCUACUGGGCGGCGUAACGCGGAAGCUGAAGUGGGCGGAUGGAGCGGCGGUGCGCGCAGCCCUGGAGGCCGCCGUAGAAGCGCUUCUGGGCCCCAAAACGGAGGCUGACCUGGCGCCGCCGGAGCCUAAGAAGAAAGCCAAGGCGCCCGCUGCCAAGGUAGGGCCUAGGGCCACCCCUGCCGCCCCAGCCCCGUCCGACGACCCGUACUCGUUCCUUCCCGUCCCCGAAGUCAACAACGGCGUGCACACAACCGUCAACUUUUCAGACGGGCGCAUCAUGCGGAUCGCCAACACGCCUGAGGCCCUCGCAGCCCACUUGUCUCGCACGUCUGGCAAGGUGGUCACUCGCUUCCCACCAGAGCCCAACGGCUACCUGCACAUCGGACAUGCCAAGGCGAUGUUUGUGGACUUUGGCAUGGCGAAGCAGUACGGCGGCGUGUGCUACCUGCGGUACGACGACACCAACCCGGAAGCGGAGAAGCUCGAGUACAUCCAGCACAUCGAGGAGAUUGCUGGCUGGAUGGGCUGGGAGCCAUGGAAGAUCACGUACAGCUCCGACUACUUCCAGCAGUUGUACGAUUUUGCCGUACAGCUGAUUAAAUCGGGCCACGCUUAUGUUUGUCAUCAGACCAAGGAGGAGAUUGAGGCCUCCCGUGAGAAGCGCGAGCCCAGCCCCUGGCGGGACCGGCCCAUUGAGGAGAACCUGCGCCUGUUUGAGGACAUGCGGAGGGGUCUGGUAGACGAGGGCAAGGCCACGUUGCGUAUGAAGAUGGACUACAAGAACGAGAACUUCAACAUGUUUGACCUGAUCGCCUACCGCAUCAAGUUCGUGCCGCACCCUCACGCCGGCGACAAGUGGUGCAUUUACCCGUCGUACGACUACACGCACUGUCUGGUGGACUCCCUGGAGGAUAUCACCCACUCGCUCUGCACGCUCGAGUUUGAGACGCGGCGGGCAUCGUACUACUGGUUGCUCGAGGUGCUGGAUUUGUACAAGCCGGUGGUUUGGGAGUACUCGCGCCUCAACAUCACCAACAACGUCAUGUCGAAACGCAAGCUCAACAAGCUUGUCAUGGGCGGAUUCGUUAACGGCUGGGAUGACCCGCGGCUGCUCACACUUGCAGGCCUGCGGCGUCGUGGCGUGAACCCCACCGCAAUCAACGCCUUCUGCCGUGAUAUCGGCAUCACCCGCAAUGAGAACAUCAUCCACAUGCACCGCUUGGAGCACUUCAUCCGGGCGGACUUAGACGCCAACUCGCCGCGGGCGCUGGCUGUGCUGCGGCCGCUGAAGGUGGUUAUCACCAACAUGCCCGAGGGACACUUCGAGGAGGUGGAGGCCAAGACCUUCCCUGGUCGCGACAACAGCGAGUCGUACAAAGUGCCGCUCACGCGUGUGGUGUACAUUGAGGCCACUGACUUUAGGCUCAAGGACGAGAAGGAUUACUACGGGCUGGCGCCCGGCAAAUCGGUGAUGCUGAGGUACGCAUACCCCAUCACGUGCACGUCGUACACCCAGGACCCCUCUACGGGCGAGGUUUCGGAGCUGGCGGCUACGUACGAUCCGGAGCAUUACACGGCUGGCCGCAAGCCUCCCAAGGGAGUGCUCAACUGGGUGUCGCAGCCCGCGCCAGGCCAGGAGCCACACAAGUUCGAGGCCAGGUUGUACGAGACGCUGUUCAAGAGCGAGGAUCCAGGGUCCAUGGAGAACUGGCUCGAGGAUCUUAACCCGCAAAGCCUGGUCAAGCUGAGCGGCUGUGUGAUGACGCCACGGCUGGCGGGUGCCAAGGUUGGCGACCGCUUCCAGUUUGAGCGGUUGGGCUACUUCGCAGUGGACCCAGACUCUACAGCGGAGACCCUCGUGUUCAACCGCACGGUGACGCUCAAGGAGUCCAAGCCCGUGUCACUCAAGAAAUGAGCCGGUUGCAACGUAGCGGGCGCCAUGCCCUUCCUUCCGCAACCACUCCACCCGUCCAUCUUGCUUUCAGAAGACUUCCUCCCUGGUAUUAUAACUCUAGUGGUCAGCCCGCAGGUGGGCGGAGAACACAGCAGCUCCUAAGCGGCACGGGUGCUGCUGUCCUUCCGCCUUUCGCUCUUUCAGCC